CAGCUUUCAGGAACUUAACAGAACAUUUCUCCUGUGUUUUGUUUUAAAUGUCAACUUUUCUGAAUUCAGGUCUCUUGUUAUUUGAAGAAAAUGUUUAAGAAUUUAAUUUUUAUCUGUUUGUGCUCAUGGAGUCUGGCUGGUGUGUUUGGUGUUGAUGAAUUGAAAUCCGUGUCAGUGAUGGAGGGAGAUUCUGUCAUUCUCCACACACAUGAUACUGAUAUACAGAAAGAUGAUCUGAUAAUGUGGAAAUUUGGACAAAACGACUUUCUCAUCGCUCAAAUCAACAGAAAAAACAAUAAGAGCAGUGUUUAUGAUGAUAUUGCUGGUGAGAGAUUCAAAGACAGACUGGAGCUGGAUCAGACUGGAUCUCUGACCAUCACAAACACCAGAAUCACAGACUCUGGACUUUAUAAAGUCACCAGCAGCAGAUCAGAGACACUGUUCAACAUCUUCAAUCUUACUGUGUAUGGUCAUCUGCCCAUUCCUGUCAUCACCAUUUACUCUAAAAAAAAACCUUCAUCUUCGUCAUCAUCAUUAUCAUCAUCAGGAUCAUCGGCGUCCAAAUGUGCAUUUCUGUGUUCAGUGGUGAAUGUGAGUGCUGUGUCUCUCUCCUGGUACAAAGGAAACAGUUUAUUGUCCAGCAUCAGUGUGUCUGAUCUCAGCAGAAGUCUUUCUUUACAUCUGGAGUGUCUGGAUGAUUUCUACAGCUGUGUGGUGAACAAUCCCAUCAGAAACCAGACCACACAUCUCAACCCUGAACUCUGUCAGACAUGUUCAGAAGUCUGUAUCCUCUGUUGCGGUUCUACUGAAGCUGUGAUCCGAUUGGCUCUUUCUGCUCUGGUGGGCGUGGCUACUGUUGCUAUAUUGGUUUAUGACAUCAGAUCCAGAAGUCUUCAACAGAAGAAGAAACAGCAGACAUCAGCAUCACACACUGACUAAUCAGAUCUUCAGAAGAGUGGAUAUGUUCUGGAACAAGUGGUGACAUUUGACUUAAUUAAGUAACUACUUUUUUUUCACUUCAAUUGUAUUUGUCGCACUUUUCAUAAUGCAGAUCUUUCUAAAGCAGCCUUACAAAGAGUAGUGCCUUACAAAUGCACUAAAAUUAAUCAGACAGUCAAUAAAUAUAUGUGACCCUGGAGCACAAAACCAGUCUUAAGCCACUGCUGUAUAUUUGUAGCAAUAGCCAAAAUGCAUCGUGUGGAACAAAAUGAUUUUUAUUUUAUGCCAAAAACCAUUAGGACAUUAAGUAAAAAUUAUUUUCCAUUAAGAUAUUUUGUAAAUUUCCUCCCAUAAAUAUGUAAAAAACUAUUUUUGAUUAGUAAAAUGCAUUGCUAAGAACUUCAUUGGGCAACUUUAAAUGUGAUUUUCUCAAUAUUUAGAUUUUUUUUUUUUGCACCCUCAGGUUCUAGAUUUUCAAAAAGUUGUAUCUCUAGCAAAUAUUGUCCGAUCCUAACAAACCUACAUCAAUGAGAAAAAUAUUGAUUCAGCUUUUUAAUGGUGUAUAAAUCUCAAUUUUGAAAAUGUCUGGUUUUGUGGUCCAGGGUGACAUAUUUGUAUGAUUGUAUUUAUUAUUAUUAUUAUUUUGUAUUCUGUUGUAUUUUUGCACAAGUUACAAGAUCAAAGACUCCCGCUCAAUGAGAAAGUGAUCUUUACACCUGUAGUUAUCUGAAUAAAAACUUUAUUGCAUCUGACAGAUAAGGUCAUGUAGUAAAAUAAGACACAGCUGCCAAUGCUUGACCUGUUUUGUGACUUAUUAGUUUAUUUUAAUGUUCUAGUGAUACUGAUCUCCACAUUUUAUCAUACAGAAUAAUGUGAUGCUAUUAUUAAACGUGUUGUAUGCCUUGGUUAAAAUUCAGUUCACUUCAAAUUAUUAGUGUGCUUAUAUUUGUUAGAAUAUUUAGUUGUAAGUUAGUGGACAUUUCUUAUGCUGUAUGGCACUUUCACUUCAUUUCUUAUUGCUUUUUUGAGUCAAAUGAAAUAAAUUAUGAAAUAGAAAAUAAAUCUUAUUAAAGGGAUAGUUAACAAAAAAAAAAAAAAAAAUUCUGUCAUUACUUACCCUCAUGUCUCUCCAAACCUGUAAAACCUUUGGUCAUCUUAGGACACAAAUAAAUAUAGUUUUUGAUGAAAUCAGAGAGCUUUCUGAUCUUCCAUAGACAUCAAGUGUCUCAUAACGUUUGAGGCACAGAAAGUUACCAAGAACAUUGACAUAAUAGUCCAUGUGACAUCAGUGGUUCAACCAUAAUUUUAUGAAGCUAUGAUAAUACUUUUUGUGUGCAAAUGCCAAAUUCAAUAAUAACUCAAAUAAUUACUUUAUACAACAAUUAUUCUGGUCAAUGCUUCACCCUAGCACCAUUUUGGAGAGUACUAAAAAGCAUGUGCUUGCUUUCCUCUGAAUGUAAAAUAAGGAGCAGUGCAUGCAUUUUCUGGAUCAGCACCACACACACACACACACACACACACCUUUGGGUACAUCCCUUUAUGAAUGGUCUAGAGACAAAAGAAAGAUAUAACUCCACUACAGAUGAAGCCUCCAGUACAAAUAUAACUUUUCAAAUAUCACUUAUUUUCAAUUAAAACCCUCUUUACAGACCUGACAUUUUGCCUACACUUAGGGGACAGUAUUUUAUGUCCAAUUUGAGGACAAACACAAACUCUGAUAAAGUGAAACUUUGAGGACUAUGGUGGUACACUGGCGGUAUCUCUGGUAGUGAAAUACGUUUAGGCUUUUUAGAAGAUACAUACAGUGGGGCUCAAAAGUUUGGACACCCCUUUCAGAACCUGUGAAAAUGUGAGUAAUUUUCAAAAAAUAAGACAGAUUUUAAUUUAUUUUGGAUUGUAUGACACAGAAGACUAGAGUAAUGGCUGCUGAAAAUUAAACCUCAUAGUAAAACAGUAUUUCUUUUUUUUUUUUUUUACGGUUAUUUAAAAUUUUAAUAAUUUUACUGCUUUAACUCUAUUUCCUAUUAAAUAAAUGUCGUUUUGGUGAGCAUAAGAGACUUGUUUAAAAAACAUUUACAAAUCUUACUAUCCGAAACUUUUUUUGAACAUUGUUUUUCUGCAUUUAUUACAUGGCCUUGAAUAAAUCAAAGUAUUUGAAAUCUAUGACUCUUAAUUUUGUUGCAGUGCAACUAAAAUACCAUUUUUAAAGAGUAUAGAACAUUGUUAAUUGUGUUCUCCGCCUGUAGUUAGAAGUUUCUUGUUUGAGGUGAUUUUGCUGAAGCAAGGCUGUGUUCUAUUCAGUGCUAUCCUCACACUUUAUUUGUACAAUUUAA